ACUCUGGUGCUCGCCGUACAUAUGUGACGUCAUCGCUAUUUUGUGUUUAAGAUUGUUUUUGGCGGUUCUUACGAAAAGCGUCGGGGGAACGGUUCAUUUUCUUAACUUUAACCCAUCACAAAAACCUUUGGGAUAUGGAUCGUGGGAGGAAGAGCCGAGCAGGCAGCAGACCGUCGGAGUUGCCGAUGAGGGUCCAGGACAGCAACAGGAUGAGCAUGUACACAACACCUCAGAGUAAACAGCCUUCCUUUGGAAAGCUCUCUAUGUCCAAACCCCCAUCGGCCAACUCUGAAAAGACGACCAGGUUCUUUGGUCCCCGGACCAGUGGUGCCAACAUGCGUCGCAGCAGUGUCAUUUCUGCUUUUGGAGUACCUGAGAAGAUGAAAGAUACCAGACCCCUUCAUGAUAAGUCCUUUGUUCAACAAUGCAUCAGGCAGCUGCACGAGUUCUUGACAGAAACUGGUUUCCCUGGCAUGCUGUCGUCCAAAUCUCUUCAGUCGCCCUCCACCAAAGAGUUUGUGAAGAUGUUUGAGUUCAUUUACCGCCAGCUCGAUCCAACAUUCGAGAUGCCCGACUCCAAAGUUGAGGAGGAGAUUCCAGCUAUGCUCAAAGCCUUGAGGUAUCCCUUUGUUCUCUCAAAGUGCUCGAUGUAUUCUGUCGGAGCGCCACACACCUGGCCUCAGGCCCUGGGUGCCCUCAUGUGGCUCAUAGAUAACGUCAAGAUCAACUCAUGUUUUAGUAAGCAGGAACUGUUCAGUGAAGCCUGGGAGGAUGCUGACAAUACUGAGGAAGGCGCGGAGUAUAACAAGUUUUUCCACGACUACACGGCUGAAGCCUACUCCAAGUUCAUGCAAGGCGAGGACAUCUUCGAGGAAGAGGAUGAGGCCUUCCUCACCAAACUGAAGCUGCUUUACAACGUGGACCAGGCCCUGCUGAAAACCUUGGAGGAGAAACACGUGUUGGUCAUGGAGGAAUUGAAGCGUCUGGAGAAAGAUAAUCAGACUGACCGUCUGAUGACGAAGAGGAUGGAGCUGACGAAGAUGCAGGCAGACCUUAAGAAGCUGCAGAGUUACCAGAGCAACCACGAGACCUUUAAAUCUAACCUGGAGAGAAAAGCUUCGGAACUGGCUGAAGAGCUUGAGACCUCUGUCAGUCAUCUGGAGACUCUGAAGCACGAGCGGAAAGAGCUGCAGCACAUCCAGCAGAACCAGAAGUUUACUCCGGCUGACGUGGAGAGGAUCAACAGCGAGAAGAGGGAGCUGGAGCAGACCAUCAGCAGUCUUAGCAAGUCUCUUGAGGACGCCGAACAACUGAGGUGGAACGAAGAAAUCACGCUGGCAAAAGUGAAGGAGACGUUGGAGCUGAAGUUGGCAGAGUACCACAAGCUGGCCCGCAAGCUGAAGCUGAUUCCUCUGACGGCAGAAAACUCCUGCGGUCACGAUUUCGAGAUCAGGUCCUUCGAAUGUGGGACCGACAGAGAAGUCCAGAUCCAGAUGUUUCUAGCAAAGCUGAACAGCGAGGUCGAGGAAGAAAACAGCCGCAUAACGAACCAGAAACUCAACCAGGGAGAGAUUUGGGAACAAGUCCAUUCCAACACCGUGGACAAGUCCAACGAUCUAAACCGGAUCAAAGAUCAGAUUCGCAAGCUGGAUGAACGGCUUGAGACUGACAUGCUGGAGCUGGCCCAAGAGGAGCAGCAGUGGGCAGCAGAGCUGGAGUCUGUGGAAAAGCACCGUAAGCACCUCGAGGAGAAGGUUCGCCACGGUUAUGAUGAGGCCGUGCAACAGCUGAAAGCAGCACAACAACAGUAUCACCUGGUGCUACAGGAGACCAACGAAGUCAAGAGAACAAUAGCCAACAACCUGGCUUCUGUAUUCACAGCAGCUGCUAACCACCUGUCAGUCAGUGAGAAGAGUCUGGAGGAGCUGCACAGACGAGUGCAGCGCAUGUCCUCAAAGGGCAUAGAAGAGGACGAAGCAGCUGUUCAGCAGCUGUGGGAGCUUUUAAGGAGCUUCCAGUCCAAGGCUGACUCUCUUUGAACGACCGGACCUACCGCCUUCUGUUUGUAAAAGAUUCCCUCUCACCGUCUCUGUUUGUCUUGGUAUUCACUGCUUGUUAAAUUUCAUACUCUACUAAUUUUUUUUUUAUGUUCGAAAUGUUCAGCUCAUGUGUCUGAAAAUGCUAAAAUAUAUCAACAUAAGUUAAAGUAUUCUGUUUUCUUUUUCUCAAGUUUCCUCUUCUCUCUAUAGUUCUUUGAAAUGUUUAGAUAAAAUAAAGCCACUAGAUGGCAGCACACGUGUACCGACUGUUAAAACUUGUGGUUUUCUAUUGGCUGAAAGCUCAACCUGUUUAUUUUUUUUAACUUAAGUUAUGACAUUUUUUUUCUUUUUAACAGCUUCUUUGUCAUAUUAAAUGUUCUUAAUUUCUUUGGA